ACAUGGACUCAGGACUGUCUAAUGUCAAUAAUCACAGUGGCAAGUGGCAACUCGCUAUAUUAUUCAAUUUUAAAUAAAUAAAAACAUUAAAGGAUUUAAUUGUAGUCUUUAAACUCAUUUAAACUAAGGUUAAUAUGGGUAAAAAAAAGAAUAAGAACAAAGUUAGUGGGGCUGUUAAAACUGCCGCCAAAACAGAAAAAAAGUUAGCAAAUAAACUCAAAAAAGAACUUGCUAAUAUGGGAGAGGAAGAUAUUGCGAAAGUUAUAGCAGAAAUUGAACGGGAAGAAGCAAAGAGGACAGCAGCUACAGAAAAGUCGCUCUCUGGACCACCCUCAACCAGAGCAUAUGCAUCUCUUACUCCCCAUCCUAUUAAUAAUGAACUCAUUUUAUUUGGGGGUGAAUAUCAUAAUGGUCAGCAGACAGAGGUGUACAAUGAUCUGUUGUUCUACAACCCAGUGAACAACACCUGGCGGCAAGUGAAAGCGCCGGGAGCGCCGCCGCCGCGCAGCGCACAUCAGGCCAUUGCUACACCCGCUAAUAGAGGUGAGCUCUGGGUGUUUGGCGGAGAGUUCACAAGUCCAACGGAAACACAGUUCUAUCACUACAAAGAUCUGUGGUGUUUCUCGCUGGCUGACAAGAAAUGGGAGAAGGUAGUAGCCCCAAACGGUCCAUCCCCCCGUUCCGGACACAGGAUGGUCCUGCUCGGCCGGAAGCUGUUCAUCUUCGGUGGCUACUCGGACGACGGGCGUGAGUGCCGCUACUUCGACGACCUAUACACCUUCUGCCUGGACACAAGGCAGUGGGAGAAGUUGGCGCCGAACGGUAGGGGGCCGUCUGCCAGGUCCGCCUGUGUUAUGUUACCAGCUGGGAAUGAUUCGCUCAUAAUCUACGGCGGGUUCUCGCGCGUGCGCGAAGGCCGCACGGAGCGCACGCACACGCACUCGGACAUGUACAAGCUGGCGCACAAGGGCGCGUGGGGCUGGCGGGCGCUGGGCGCCGGCGCCCCCGCGCGCGCCGGGCUCGCGGCCGCCGCCAACCCGCACGCCAACAGGGGCUACGUGUUUGGGGGGGUGCGGGAUGUUGAGGAAACGGAAGAGGACAUCCGCGGCGAGAUGAGCGACGAGUGGCAAGUGCUCGACCUGGACACGUGUCGCUGGCACGAACUCACGCUGCGUUCUGACACACAAGCCACCACGCAAGCCACGACGCAAGCUGACAUGCAAGUAGAGGAGGAGUUGGAUAAGGAGAGUGUUACUGUGGUCACAGACGAAGUGUUCACCAUGAAGCUGGGCGGGGCCCAACCCACGUCCACGGCCACGCCCACACAGGCACGCAGCAAUGAUACAAAGCGAGCUGUGAGCGGGCGCAUGUCGGCCAUGCUGGCGGUGCAGCGCUCCGUGCUGUACGUGUACGGUGGCCUGCUCGAGCGGGACGACAAGCAGUUCUACCUGUCCGACAUGUACAGCCUGGAUCUGCACAAAUUAAAUGAAUGGAAGACAAUCAUAGCACAGCCAAAAUUACCUGACUGGCUGGGUUCAGAUUCAGAAGAAUCAGACUCGGAAAGUGGGACAGAAGAUAGCGAUGAAUCUGAUGAUGAAUAAAAAUCGAUAUAUUAUGUGCUGAUGUAAGAAUGUCAUAGUUUAAGACAAAAGAUACUUUAAGUGUAUUUUUUUAAAUAUAUGUUAUUUUAUUCAA